AAUAAUAGGCUCUCUUUUAUUUUAUUUUUUACAUUCCCUUACUCUUCUUCUCUCUCAGACGUUGGGUCGCUUACUUGAUGAUAGUUUGAGCUUUCUAUUGUAGCCGUUGGAUUAGGUGGGUUACGUAACUAUGACCUCCAUCACCUCCGUUGAGUUGAAUUACCUCGUCUUCCGUUAUCUUCAAGAAUCAGGUUUUACGCAUUCAGCGUUCACUUUAGGAUAUGAAGCAGGCAUUAAUAAGUGUACUAUUGAUGGGAGUUUGGUUCCACCUGGUGCGCUUAUCACAUUUGUUCAGAAAGGACUUCAGUACUUGGAGAUGGAAGCCAACCUGAGUAAUAAUGAUGCAGAAAUGGAUGAAGAUUUCUCAUUCUUGCAACCUUUGGAUAUAAUAACAAAGGAUGUAAAUCAAUUGCGGCAAAUGAUAAAAGAGAAAAGGAAGAAUAUCCAAAAGGACAGAAAAAAAGAUGAAGAUAAAGAUAAAGAGGUUGAUCGGGAGCAUGAAGGAGAGCGUGGGCGAGUGCGAGAGAAAGAAAGACACGAAAAGGAGAAGGAACGUGAAAAGGAAAGGGAGAGGGCUGAAAGCAAUAAGGAGAGAGAAAAGCAACCGGAAGAAGUUUCUUAUAAAGAGAUGGUUUUGGAUCAAGAAGACAAGGAUGUUGUUAGGCAUGAAGAAAAUGGAACUUUUGUAGGACCAGAACCUAUGGAUACUGCUACUACGUCGAACCCUGCAUCUCAAGAUGCUUGUGAAAUUCCUAGCUCUGAGGUUACCAUUUUGGAAGGGCACACUUCUGAGGUCUGUGCGUGUGCAUGGAGCCCAACUGGUUCACUUCUUGCAUCAGGAUCUGGAGAUUCUACGGCUCGUAUUUGGACAAUAUCCGACGGGCUUUUCAAAUCUGGUGCCCAAAACAGUCCUUCAAAUGUUCUAGUUCUGAAGCAUGUGAAAGGAAGAACAAAUGAGAAGAGCAAAGAUGUGACUACACUUGAUUGGAAUGGUGAGGGGACAUUGCUUGCAACAGGGUCAUAUGAUGGCCAAGCAAGGAUUUGGACUACAAAUGGUGAACUAAGAACUACGUUGAGUAAACACAAAGGACCUAUAUUUUCUCUGAAGUGGAACAAGAAGGGUGAUUAUCUUCUUACGGGAAGCUGUGAUAAAACUGCAAUUGUGUGGGAUGUGAAGGCAGAGGAAUGGAAGCAGCAGUUUGAAUUUCACACAGGUCCAACCCUUGAUGUUGAUUGGCGGAACAAUGUUUCAUUUGCAACAAGCUCCACUGAUAAUAUGAUAUAUGUUUGCAAGAUUGGAGAAACGCGCCCUAUUAAAACCUUUGCAGGGCAUCAGGGUGAAGUAAAUUGCGUCAAAUGGGAUCCUACAGGUUCACUAUUGGCCUCUUGUUCUGAUGAUAUUACUGCAAAGAUAUGGUGUAUGAAGCAGGACAAGUAUGUUCAUGAUCUGAGGGAACAUUCAAAGGAGAUAUAUGCCAUCAGAUGGAGUCCUACUGGGCCAGGGACAAACAAUCCUAACCAGCAACUAGUUCUUUCAAGUGCAUCAUUUGACUCCACGGUGAAGCUGUGGGAUGUGGAGUUGGGGAAACUUCUCUACAGCUUGAAUGGACACAGGGACCCUGUAUACUCGGUUGCGUUUAGCCCAAAUGGAGAGUAUCUAGCCAGUGGAUCUCUUGAUAAGUCCAUGCACAUCUGGUCCUUGAAGGAAGGGAAGAUUGUAAAAACAUAUACAGGCAACGGCGGAAUAUUUGAAGUCUGUUGGAACAAGGAUGGUGACAAGAUUGCUGCUUGUUUCGCAAACAAUACGCUAUGCGUCCUAGACUUUAGAAUGUAACAAACGUAGAAACUUCCCUCUCUAUUUAAUGAAUUAGAGAUGUAGCAAGCUCUUAAAAUAGUAAGUUAAAAUUAGGUAGGUGUUUUCAUUGUAGUGAAAAGGGGAAACUGUAACUAUAGCAUAGGUGUUGUAGUUCGUGGAUUAGGCAUUCCAAACGGAAUUUGGUAGUUGGAAUUUGUAAUUGUGAACUAUGGGUCUCUGCUUUGUGAGCUAAGUAGCCAAUUAACAAUGAUGUAUUGCAUCGUUUUGCACUUUA